CCUCUCUGUCUCUUAAUUCAAUUCAAUCUCUCUCUCUCUCUACAAUUAUCUAUACUCUAUUCUCUCUCUAUUCUUCAUACCCUUUUCUUGUUUUUGGUUUUUCCGGCGAGUUCUAGCCGGAAUCUUACUAUUUUUCUCACUCCAUUUUUUUUCUUGUUGCUAAAAUUUUGAAAUUUUAUCUUAAGAUGAGGUUAGUUUUCAAAUUUCUGCAUCUGGGUGUUGCUCAAUCAGAUCAUGGAGUUGUUAUAUAUGCGUCUUCAUAUCGAUGGAGUUGAGUUUAAUCAUUAUAUAUUUUGUCUAUCUGUAUUAAUUGGUGGGUUUGUGAUAAUACCAUGGACGAGCCUAUUGAAAAGAAAACUAGCACUGGAAUGGAAAGACUUUCUCUGCAAACAAACAGGUUUCCUAGAGAUUUGUUGCAGAGUUUGAUGGUUAGUGAUACGAACAAAUUUGUGUUGGGAAAUACGACGAGUAACGAAGAGGAUUCGGAGGAAAUCGAGCUGAAUCUUGGGUUAUCAUUGGGUGGGAUGUUUGGUGUGGACAAGAGUGAUAAGAAGAGGUUAAUGAGAUCUUCGUCGAUUGCUGGGUCGAUUCCAAUUGGUAGAGACGAUGAUGCGGUGGCUCCGCGGCCACCGGUGCCGUAUCCGACCCUGGUGAGGACUUCUUCGCUGCCGGCGGAGAGCGAGCAGGAGUGGAGGAAGAGGAAGGAGUUGCAGACGUUGAGGAGAAUGGAGGCGAAGCGGAGGCGGUGUGAGAAGCAGAGGAGUUUGAAAAUUGAUAAGGACGGUGGCGGUGGUGGUGGCGGUGGCGGUGGAGGUGGUGGUGGUUUUGAGGAAGAAAGGAGGGAAACUGAGGGGAUUUUGAGGGGGAGGAUUGAGAGAGAGCAGUAUGUGGCGACGGCAGCGAAUAGGUUUGGUUCGUCCGUGGUGCCUGUGAGGCUACCAAGUUGGGCUGCUGCUGGUAGACAGGGCAUAAAUUCCGGUGGGAUUGAGGCGGUGGCAGGGAAAGGGAAGGGGAAUUUUAUAGGUGGUGGUGGUGGUGGUGGUGGUGGUGGUGUGGAGGGGGUUGGGCACCCGUCGUCACAGGGUUCAAUGGAAUCACAAGGGGGAAGUUCUUCCGGGAUGUCGGAAUUGGAGAGUAAACCUCUCCAAGGAUCUAGUAGUUUCGGUGAAGCAAGUCCUGCUAGCCGUCAAUCUUUCCAAGAGCGAGGCAACCAGGAUACUGUGGGUUCUUCUGGAACAAAGACGAGGGAAAAUGAUAGUAAAGUUUCGGUAGCUGAGAUAGCAAGUCCGUCUAAGAGACCAAAUGUUGCUGAAAACAGAGGAAGGGAAGGAAAGGAAGUGGGAGUGAAGGGAAUUGAAGAUAUGCCUUGUGUUUUUACGAAAGGGGAUGGUCCUAACGGGAGAAGAAUAGAUGGGAUUUUGUACAAGUACGGGAAGGGAGAGGAAGUGAGGAUAAUGUGUGUAUGUCAUGGUAUUUUUCUCUCCCCGGCCGAGUUUGUCAAGCAUGCAGGUGGUGGAGAUGUAGCUCAUCCACUAAAGCAUAUAGUUGUAAACCCUAAUUCUUCUUUCUUGUAAUUGUGAUGCAACCACCCUAAAAAAAAAAAAAAAACAGAGAGUAAAAACGUUUCCGAGGAUAAUUAGUUCUUUGUUUAUUUUUGUUCUUUCUUUUUAAAGAUUAAA